AUGAGCUGGACCAGGAACCGGUUCGCUACUGUGCUUGUCCUUGUUGUCAUACUGGCGGUAUGCGCGCAUGCCCACCCCAAUGGCGGGGACGAAUCGUUCGACAACAUCGACAUGGAAUGGCCGGACCUCUUCAGCGUGGGCGAGCAGUUCGCCGACGCUUUCGCCUACAAUCAUUUCAAUACCCAGAUGCUCCAGCAAAGCCAAGCACCUUCGAAUCGCUAUGACCCCGACUACUUUGCUUUCACGGGCGCGGGUCUUCCUGGGACGAUGGAAAGUCGACCAAGGCUCAGCCAUCCGCCACAAUCUGCUCCAAUCCUCACAUUCGCGCAAGACCAGACGCCGACCAUGAACAACUACAACAACACUCCUUUAGGGCAAUGGGUUGGCGACCAAAGCGCGAUGCAGCCACAGAUGCAACAGCCCAUACCGGUUUCGACGGAGUAUCCAUCUUCGUUUGGUGGAAUGGUUGCUUCGUCCAAUGCAGCCAAUAUGUAUGGCUAUCCGAACGCACCUCAAACACAUCAUCAAUCUUGGCCUGCGCAACCACAGCUGCCACUCUCUGAACAUCAAUCAAGCUUCCAAGGCUUCGAUGGCGACCAGUUCACUGCCCAAGGCUCGUUGCCUGUGCCGUCUAUGGACGACCAAAACGGCUUCCAAUCUUCACCACCUAUGAACAGCGUCCCGCAGAUAUUGCCCACCGAAGUGAUCAACAACCCCAACUAUCAGCCCGGAAUGAUACCCAGCGCACCUGGGAACAUGCUGGGUUGGAUCAAUCGCGCUCCAGCCAUUGGAGAACGAACGUUGCCGUCUCGCCUUGACACGAACAUGCUGGCUCCGCCCGAAGCACACUCCGCCAAUCGGUCGCCAACAUCUGCUUCGACUACAGGAUCUUCAGCUCGCGCCGGGUCUCGGCGGCAGAAAUGGGAGAUGACGGGGGACUUCGUAUGCCACUGGUGCAACGACGGCUUUACCACGCAAGGCGACUUGACCCACCAUUUGCGAUCCCAUCAACCCUACCUUAGCCGACAGCACGUUUGCCAGCAGUGCAGCAAGCGAUUUCAGUACCGAAAAGAUCUAAUGCGCCAUCUCCCCAAGCACGACCCGAAUCGCAAGAAGUACUACUGCAUCUUUCAAGGGUGCAAAUAUCACAACCGAGGGUUUGGGAGGCAAGAUCACCUCGACCGCCACAUCCAGACUCAACACCGCAUCGACACACCUCAGCAAUCUUCACGCCCUUCUUCCACGCACGCAUGA